AUGGCAAAUGAAUCAAUUGGUCUUGUUAUUGAUGGAAAAAGUUUACAAUAUGCAUUACAUACCUCAGUACGAAAUGCAUUUCUAGAAUUAUGCAUGAAUGUUACAACAGUGUUAUGUUGUCGUAUGACACCAUUACAAAAAGCAUCUAUUGUUAAAUUAGUUCAAAUUGGUUUAGCAAAACAUACACGUUAUGGUAUGAAACCAGUUAUAGCUGCAGUUGGUGAUGGUGGAAAUGAUGUAGCUAUGAUUUUACAAGCUAAUAUUGGUGUUGGAGUUUAUGGUAAAGAAGGUCGUGAAGCAGUUAGAGCAGCGGAUUAUUCAGUGACACAGUUCAGACAUAUUCAACGAUUAUUUUUAUUACAUGGACAUUGGUCAUAUUAUCGUAUUACCAUAACAAUGUUAUUUUUUUAUCAUAAAUCUGUAGCAAUUGUAUUUAAUCAAUUAUGUUUAAUAUAUUUUAAUGGUUAUUCAGAAUAUCCAUUAUUUGGUACAAUUAUAUUUAUAUGUUAUAAUUUAACAAUGACAUUUUUAGUUAGUUUAGGUUAUGGAAUGUUUGAACGUCAUAUUAAAGAAACAAUUCUAUUAAAUAAACCAUAUUUAUAUAAAGAGAUAUCCCAUCAAGCCAAUUUAAGAGUAUGGUAUAUUCUCUUAUGGAUUCUAGAUGGUAUAUGGCAUGGUGUUAUAACAUUUUUUAUACCAUUCUUUUGUUUAGCCGGUGGUAAUCUAUUUGCUGAAGCUAGUUUCUAUGAUACUACUAAUAAUAGUAAUAGUCCUCAUAAAAUUUAUGAUUAUACAAUGAUUGGUAAUGCAUCAUUUGUAUAUUUAUGGAUUGCAGUAACAUUACGUUCAACAAUAUGGACAAGAGAUUUUAAUCUUAUGUUAAUUAUGUGUCAUAUUGGUACAACAUUAAAUGUUGUAAUUUUAUUUCUUUUUCAAACAUUUGUUCCUUCUACAAGUAAUGAAUAUCAAAGAUAUGCUCAAUUAUGUCGAAGUCCUGCAUUUUGGUUCACAUUCCCAUUAACUGUUUUUAUAGCUAAUAUUCCAGGAUUAAUUUGGCGUUUAGCCUCAGAUACAUGGUGGACUAUACGUAUUGAAUUGAAAAAUUUACCUAAAAAAAAUAAACGUAAAUCUUAUUUGAAUAAUCCAUUAGUUUGGUUAAAAGCAUUUGUUUAUGGUCAAACUGAAGAGAAUGAAUCAAUCCUCCAGAAAAAUGAAAAUCAUAUAAACACUUUUAAAGAACAAAUAAAUCAUAGUUACCAGUCAUAAAACAAGUUUUUAUUAUUGUUACUAAUUAUUGUUACUAUGUGCAUCCCUUGGAUACAAAGCAGAAUUAGUUUUUGUAAAACAUGUGAACUAUUAACAUCUAAACAAAAGAUUGAUAACC